GCUGCGACGCUCUUCCUUGUUGCCCUGGUCAAAGGGUCUGGGCAUCAUCCAAUGGCUGCAGCCACAGCGUUCCGUAGGAGUGCUGAAAUGCUCGAUGCAAUCAUAGAUUCCCAGCUAGAUGAGCACGCCGCUCUUUCCGUCACGUUCGCAGAUGGCUCGAUAAACGGUGCAGAGACAGCAAGCAAGUUUGCCAUGCAUCAGAUCACGGCUAUACGGCUAGCAAGGUAUCUACCUCACUCUAGAUGAAAUUCGUCACCACGAAAUGGAACCUAAAAUUAUAGCUAGCGCCAAGAUCAAAGUCCAUCGGUACUGCGCCUUUAUGAAUUCCUGUGGAUUUCUCAAGGCUUUUGAGCAUCUGCCCGAAGAACAAGCCGACAGUCCGACGACGAGUCAUCUUUUAGCACAGCUGGCCAAACCGGUCCUCACCAGAGUUCCAUAUUUCUUCUGUUCGACUGUUCAGUGCGCCUACACUAUCAUGAUGGUUUAUUCUGGGCAAGAUCAGCCUGCAGAGGGACUUUCAGCCGGAUCCGAAAACGAUCUGCGAGAGCGAUGCCUAAGAGGACUAAAUGAAGCGUUGGUGCUUCUUCAACGAUUCUGCGCACCAUACGGCUCGGUCACAAAGGUAUACGAGUUGGUUCGCGAUGUGAGCGACUCAUUAAUUAGGAGAAGAUGAAGCCAGUUGCGCAUCAUUAUAAAUUCACAACUAACGAGUUGUACAAUUAGUUGUAAACUAAUCGUAAGCUCAAGUUUGCAAGCAUGUCUGCUGUUCAUCACACUCGUAAUAGUUAAG